GAGGACGCGGAGACGCGGCAGGUGGAGAAGGUGCUCGCGAAGGAGGCGAAGGGCGAGCAGAAGAGCUUCGACCACGCGCUGAAGGACCUGAAGAAGCUCGACAAGACGCACGAGAAGUCGAUCAAGGCGGCGGACAAGGCGCAGCACGCGCUGGACAAGGCGGUGAAGGGCGAGCACGCGCGCGCGAAGGCGCUGAACGAGGCGGAGCACAAGCACGACGACGCGGUCUCGGCGCAGCGGAACGCGUCCAAGACGCUCGAGCUGAAGCGGCAGCACGAGGGCCAGCUCGAGCAGGACCUGCAGCAGCGCAAGGCGUCCGUGGACGAGGUGCAGCGGAAGAAGGCCGCGAACGACGCCGUCCGCGAGUCGAAGCUCACCCAGAUCCACCAGCACGCCUCCGACAGCGCCCUCGCCCGCGCGGGCUCGCUCGAC